AUGCACGGUGAUUUUCAGCACACAGUAGUAGUAGCAGCCCUAUACAUGGACAUCGAAUCAAACAGUGUAAUCAAAGAAAAAAGACUUGUUCAUGGCGGCGGAGUCCAACGGGAUCUCGGUUUCAGCAGCUCCUCAAAACGAGCUCACUCCGAAUUCCGAAACGAAUAUGGCCGCUCUCUCACACGUUGCCAUAUCGCCCUCAUAGCCCGAGCAUGGUGGUUGCUGUUGUAUUGUGACGUGUUCUUUUUGCAUUUAGUUUCAUCUGUGGUGGGAAUUCUAUUGGCUGCUGAUCCAUCGGUUGUGAAUAGUUGCAAUAAAGAAGGUUGUGGUCCCCUGCAGUCAGCCUGUGGCUGCCCCCAUAAUUUCCAUAAAAAACAGCCCGACGACGAGCAUCCUGGCCGCCACCCCAAGUGCUCUUGUGCCAACAACAGUGAUAGAAGGCACCGCCAGAAUCUGUCCUCUAAGCAGCCGAACCUCCGACACCACUUCGCCCCUCCACUUUACUUUUAUUGCUCGGUAAUUGUUAUAUUUGUUUCUCUUUUUUAUGUGGAUGAAUUAAGAACUGUCAGACUACUUAUUCUUCAUCAGCAAAUAUGUUCUCCUCUUUCUGUGGCAACAUCGAUUCUGAGAGAAAUUCUACAUGAAUUAUCAGAACACGAAAAAAAAAAGAUGGAGCUAAUGAUGUUGCGAAGAAAGAAGGCCACCAAGUUGACAGCGUAUCUCUCGAGGUCUCGCUGUUGUCAGCUGUGGUUGAUAACAACUGAUAACGCUCAGGCAGUUUGGUCAAAUUUAUACUGCUUGCUGAGUCUUCAAUGCUACAAGACUCCAAUCUAUGUCGGUGGGAGAUAUGUUAAGGAAGGGCAGAGCCCAUGGUAUGAUAAUUUAUGCCGUCCACUCACUGAUCUUAUUCCACUGAUCGAAAGCGGAGUCAGAGGUGUAACUAGCAACCCAGUGAUUUUCCAGGAAGCAAUAUCAACUUCAAGUGCAUAUAAUGAUCAGCUGAGCUGCGGCAAUAAGAACAUCAAUGCGAAGCUGAUUCUUAUUCUGUCGGUUGGUGGUAUGGAUUUUGAUGGCUCAUAUGUGUCGAAUACAAGCGAGUGGGAAGCUGCAGUUGUUAGGUGGAGAUGCAAGAAAUGCCGGCUACAAUUGCCUGUUGGUUUUGCCACUGAGGAACUGAAAUCAAGUCUACACCGAGGGAGCGGAGGUGAUCGAUGA